AAUUGAUGUCUACCUCCCACUCCACGCCAGCCAGGAGAAGUUGCAACCCAUGACGGUGGUGACAAUUGCCAACGCCAAGGUGCAGGACUUGAUUGGGCUCAUCUGCUGGCAGUUCACGAGCGAAGGACGGGAACCUAAGUUGAACGACAAUGUCAGCGCGUACUGCCUCCACAUUGCUGAAGACGAUGGGGAAGUUGACACUGAUUUCCCGCCUCUGGAUUGCAACGAACCCAUUCACAAGUUCGGCUUCAGCACGCUGGCCCUGGUCGAGAAGUAUUCAUCGCCGGGCUUGGUGGCCAAGCAGUCCCUUUUUGUCCGAAUAAAUGCCGCCCACGGAUUCUCCCUGAUCCAGGUGGAGAGCCUGAAGGUCACCAUGAAGGAUAUUUUGCAAAAGGCGCUGAAGCGAAGGAAAGGGUCGCAGCGUGGCGCAG